UAUCGAGGCUGUCAGCUGGAAGUCUUUUGUUACCCCGCUCAUCACGGCCAGCCGACAGGAAUCAGGGAUAAUGCCGAACAUGAAGUCUGUCACAUAACAGGGAGCUUUCAGGGGGUUUUCAAGUCACCACAGCCGCCAAAGAGGCUUACUACUAGAGAGCCGCGGCCCCAGUCAUCUGGACCACAAAGGAGGAGGAGUGGGGGGGACAUACCGGGCUGGGCUUCAGGAUGACCGAGGGCCCGAGGAAGAGGAGCAGCAGCACCGGCGGGGUCAGCCAGUCGGAGCCCCCAGACUCCCGGUCGGGUGAGGGGAAAGACGCAGGAGGAGGCUCCGGGGUGGCUCUGAAGAAACAGAUCGGCCUGGUCAGCGCAUGUGGCAUUAUAAUAGGCAACAUCAUUGGAUCAGGGAUUUUUGUAAGUCCUAAGGGGGUCCUGGAGAAUGCUAGCUGCGUGGGUGUGGCCAUCAUUGUGUGGGUCACCACUGGAAUUAUCACAGCCAUCGGAGCUCUCUGCUAUGCAGAGUUGGGUGUGACCAUCCCCAAGUCAGGGGGAGACUACUCCUAUGUAAAGGACAUCUUUGGAGGACUGGCUGGCUUUCUGCGUCUGUGGAUUGCGGUGCUGGUUAUCUACCCCACUAACCAGGCUGUGAUCGCCCUCACCUUCUCAAACUACAUCCUGCAGCCCCUCUUCCCCGCCUGCCUUCCCCCAGAGAAUGGCCUACGCCUGCUGGCUGCUGUCUGCCUCCUAUUGUUGACAUGGGUGAACUGCUACAGUGUGCGCUGGGCCACAUGUGUCCAAGAUGUCUUCACUGCUGGCAAGCUUUUGGCAUUGGGCCUCAUCAUAAUCAUGGGGAUCGUCCAAAUAUGCAAAGGUCACUAUUACUGGUUGGAGCCAGCACACGCCUUUGAGACCUUCCGAGACUAUGAUGUUGGUCUGAUCGCUCUGUCCUUCCUACAAGGCUCCUUUGCUUAUGGGGGAUGGAACUUCCUCAACUAUGUCACAGAGGAGUUGGUUGACCCAUACAGGAAUCUACCGCGUGCAAUCUUCAUCUCUAUCCCCGUGGUCACCUUCGUUUACGUGUUUGCCAACGUGGCCUACGUCACAGCUAUGAGCCCACAAGAGCUGCUGGCCUCAAAUGCUGUGGCAGUGACAUUUGGAGAGAAAUUGCUAGGAGUAAUGUCAUGGAUCAUGCCCAUAUCUGUGGCGCUCUCCACCUUCGGGGGGGUCAAUGGCUCCCUCUUCACAUCGUCGCGGCUGUUUUUUGCUGGAGCGAGGGAAGGCCAUCUCCCACGUCUGCUGGCCAUGAUUCACGUGCAGCGCUGCACUCCUAUCCCUGCCUUACUGUUUACUUUGAUCUCCACUCUGCUGAUGUUGUGCACCAGUGACAUUUACACCCUCAUAAACUAUGUGGGAUUUAUCAACUACCUCUUCUAUGGUGUCACUGUCGCCGGGCAGAUUGUGCUGCGCAUCAAAGAGCCUGACAUGUAUCGACCCAUCAAGGUGAGCCUGAUAUGGCCAGUGAUCUACCUGCUGUUCUGGGCCUUCCUGCUGGUCUUUUCGCUCUACUCUGAGCCAGUGGUUUGCGGUAUUGGUCUGGCCAUCAUGAUGACUGGUGUCCCUGUAUAUUUCCUGGGAGUCUACUGGGAAAACAAGCCACAGUGUUGUAAUAUUACUAUUGGUAAAAUGACUCAUCUGUGCCAAAAGCUCUGCUCAGUGGUCUACCCAGUCAUGGAGGAGAACCUGGAGCCCAUUGGGCCUCAAAAGAACGAUGAAGAUGGGGAAGAGGGAAAAAGCCUUCAAACAGCUGACCAAACACGUGCAUAAACAAGAACCGACUCAUUUCUCACUCUCUGUUUGGGGAGGUUAGCAUACAUAUUCACCUGUUGUUCUACAACACUGGACUUGCUCUGUUUCUGACUGGCCUUAAUUCUGACCAUUGUUUCAGUGUGCAGUCUGGGAACAGGUGUUUGAGGUGAAAUUCUACCUAGUCUGAAUUUAUGAAACACUGAAAUUAUGAAACACCGUGUUUUUUGUUUUUUUUGUUUUUCACCUUCACAUUUGUUCCUAUUGUUUGUCUACAGUUUGUGGUUUGUGUGUGGGAGGUAGUGGAAACACUAAUAUGCCAGUUGUAUGUAUUGUUCAAGCUCUGUGUUUAUAGUAUCACCUCACUGUAGUAACACUAAAAUGAAUUGUUUUUUUCA